UCCGUUUGUCGGGGGGAUUGUUUACGUUCCCAUGCAGCCGGGUUUAAAAAAUGAAUCCCCCGGUCAUCAGCUCGACCAGCUCCGUCUCCACGACCAAGAGGAAGCGCGAGGCGGAGCGCUCGGUGAACUGGACGGCGGAGGAGACCCAGGUGCUGCUGUGCGCCUGGAGCGACGAGCGCAUCCAGCGCAGCCUGGCGGAGAACCUGCGCAACCGGCACGUCUUCAAGCACCUGGCGGCGCGCAUGAGCGAGAUGGGCUUCGCCCGCAGUCCGCACCAGUGCCGGCUGCGCGUCAAGACCCUGAAGGCUAACUACGUCCGGGCCAAGCUGCAGCGCAGCGUCGACGGCUCGCCGCCGUGCACCUUCCGGUACUUCGCCGAGAUGGACGCGGUACUUGGCCGGAGGGCGGCGGGGGGCGUGGCCGAAGGGGCGGGGCCGCAGUAUUUCGUGUCUCCGGAGAGGAUGGCGGCGCCGGACGCGGGUUACGAUAACGCCGAGGUUGACGAACGCCGCUCGGGUUCUUCUCCGGGGGGCCGCCGGUCGUGGCCGCUGGACGCCGUGGUCAAGAUGGAGGACGGAGAAGACUCGACGGACGAGUACGAGUUCAGCAACUCUGGAUUCACUCAGCUGCACCACGGCGUUUACCUGGAGGCUUCCAUCCGCCGGGAAAUGACCGGUGCAGUCAUAGAAAACUGCCUGAGUCCUCCUUCCCCACAAGCUCUGCCUCCUCCGGCUGCUCCUCCUUCUCCUCCUCUCACCCACUCCGCCUCCUCUCCUCUCCCGGCACCCUCGGAUCCGCCCCUCUCCCCCUCGGCUCCUCCCCCUCCUCGCUCCUCCUCCUCCUCCUCCUCCUGCCUGGAGCGCCUGUCAGAGGGCUUCGAGCGGCUGUCGGCGGACACGCGGCGCCUCCUCCUGCUGCUGGAGGGCCAGCGGCAGGAGGCGCAGCGCUGGCACCAGGACCUCCUGGCACAGUGGCUGCAGCGGGAGGAGCGGCGGCAGAGCGAGGCGGCGGAGCGCGAGGAGCGGCGGGAGAAGGCACGCAUGGAGCACGAGCUGCGGGUGCUGGAGCUGCUCGCCGGCCUGGUGGGAGAGCCGCGGUGUCGGUGCGGAGGAGGCCACACCCACAGCCCGGAGGAGAAGGGAGGCCGUUAGGAGGCACGGGGACUUCUCUAUUUACCCCCAAAAAGCUCAGGUGGAGCCCAGAUAACAUUCAGGGUGCCUUUUGGAUGUUUAGCCUUAAUCCUGGAGGGAUAAUAAAUAAAAAAAAUCCAAAUCCAAAUUCAGGAAGAAAUAACUCCCUCAAAACAUCCACCGGGGGUGUUUGUGAGUGAGAUGAUUGACAGCCAAUAGGGGGAGGGGGGGAGGGGCAGUCGGGCUCUUGAUAUGUUCGAAGAAGAAAUUACAAGUUGAAGUGUGAAGAUUUCUUACGGUUUCACUUGAUUGCACCAAAUGUAACUUUUUUAGAAAUUAAAAAAAAAAUGUAAGUGAUAUUUUCAACCGGUUUCAUUUUUAUGGAAAAGUCUUUAUGCAGCUGAUUUUUUAUUUUUGUAAGUAACAUUUUUUUAAAUAAAAAUGAUCGUUGUCAUGUGACGACUUCUCAGCCAAUCGGGCGUUUGAGGUAAAGUACAAAGACUGAACUGUUUACGGUGACGCAUUAAAACAAAUUAAAGUACCGCAAAAAUAUAACCAUAGAAAGAAAAUGUAAUUGAAUGUGAAAAAAUAACAUUUAGAUAUGAAUUUUCUGAUCAAAUUGGAAAAAACCCCAAAAUUAAAGUAUUGCCAAAAUUAAACGGAUAUAAAAUAAAGUAACGCUUAAGUUAAUGUGAGAGAAUAAAAUAAUCGAAAAAACAAAAGAGAUUAAAUAGAAGAACAUUUAAAUUAAUGUGGAAAAGAACGAUAUCGCAAAAAUAAAACAUGGAUAUAAAAGAACAUUUCAAUUAAUGUAAUAAAGAAAAGUUCCAAAAAUAAAAAGAUCUAAAAUAGAACAUUUUUAUUUAAUGUGAAAAAUAACCUAAAAAAUUUACAGUAUUGCAAAAUAAAACUAUAGAAAUUUAAAAAAUAAUAUCUAAUUGAAUAUUAAAAGACCAAAAUUAAAGAUCGAUUUUUUUUAUUAAAUUGGAGG